UCACGUGACAUUGGUGUUAUCUCUCUGUAUGUUUGUUUAGUUUAGUGUCUAACGUUGGUUGUUCUUCUGUCGGUCUGUGAGUUUAUGGGUGUUACGGCUGUUAGUGGGACAAAUGGUCAGAGAUCAAGCAUUAAACGCUUAUAUAACUUUACUGAUCUGAUCUUUAUUAACUCCAAACCUACAGCAACAUGAAGACGAUCUCUUUGCUCUUUUUCAUCUCUAUCAACAGUGUGUUUGGUGAUGAAGUGAAGUCAGUGUCGGUGAUGGAGGGAGAUUCUCUUACUCUACACACUGAUUUUACUGACACACAGGCAGAUGAUGUGACAAUAGUAUGGACAUUUGGACCUCAAAAAUCUACCAUAGCUCAAAUCAAUAGAGAACCAAAAGGCAAUAAGAUCUCAAUAAAUGAUGAUGUUCUUGAUGGGAGAUUCAAAGACAGACUGCAGGUGAAUAAUCAGUCUGGAGAUCUCACCAUCACAGACAUCACAACUCAACACACUGGAGUAUAUGAAGUAGAGAUCACUGUCAGAAGUAAGAUUAUACAAAAGCGUUUCAAUGUUAAUGGUUUGAUUAACCCAGAAUCAGAUCAACUAAAGUCAGUGUCAUUAAAGGAUGGAGAUUCUGUUACUCUACUGGCUGAUGUUCCUGAUAUCAACAAAUAUGAUGUGAUACAAUGGAGAUUUCAAGGGAUUCGUAUAGCUCAUUUAAAAAAAUCAGUCAGUAAAAUAUCAGAAGAUGAGAGAUUCAGAGACAAACUGCAGCUGGAUGUUCAGACUGGAUCUCUUCAAAUCAAGAACAUCAGAACAGAUCUCUCUGGACUUUAUGAAGUAGAUCUCACCAGCAGCAGCAGCAGUUAUACCAUACAUCUGUCAUUCACAAUUACUGUCAGUGGUGAAGUGAAGUCAGUGUCAGUGAUGAAAGGUGAUCCUGUCACAAUAAACACUGAUGUUCCUGACAUUAAAACCUAUGAUCAGAUACUGUUGAUCUUUGGGUGUGAUGAAAAAUGGAUCGCUGAAGUAAAUAAACAAAACAAAAAGUUUACUCUAUAUGGGGAAGUCAGAGACGGACUGAAGCUGAAUGAUCAGAAUGGAGAUUUCACCAUUACAAACAGCAGAACUGAAGAUGCUGGAGAUUAUGAACUGAAGUUGAGUAGCAGAAGACGAUCCAUUCAGAGGAGAUUCAGUGUUAGUGUCAGUGAGCAAGGUCUGUCUCCAGGUGCUGUAGCAGGAAUAUCUCUUAUCUUCAUCCUGUUCGCUGCUGCUUCUGCUGCUGGUGUGAUUUACUAUCGCCGUAAGUUCGCUAAAGCAAAACAACAACUGGAUGAAAUAAAAACAUUAGAAGUGGAUGAGGGAGAAUCUGUCCAUCUGAAGACAGGUGAACUAAAAACAUCGAUAGUGGAUGAGGGACAAUCUGUCCAUCUGAAGACAGAUGAAAUAAAAACAUUGGAAGUGGAUGAGGGACAAUCUGUCCAUCUGAAGACAGAUGAAAUAAAAACAUUGCAAGUAAGUGAACUAAAAACAUCGAUAGUGGACGAGGGAAAAUCUGUCCAUCUGAAGACAGAUGAAAUAAAAACAUUGGAAGUGGACGAGGGAAAAUCUGUCCAUCUGAAGACAGAUGAAAUAAAAACAUUGGAAGUGGACGAGGGAAAAUCUGUCCAUCUGAAGACAGAUGAAAUAAAAACAUUGGAAGUGGACGAGGGAAAAUCUGUCCAUCUGAAGACUGAAGUUAAUGACAUAAAGAGAGAUAAGAAGAUAGAGGGGAGAUCUGGAGAAACUGAAAUCAAUCCUGCCAACAAUAUCUUCAGGAUAUCUGAGGGUGAUGAUAAAGGUGGAUUCAAAGCUUGUACAAAGAAAAUGGAGAGAGUCUCAGUGAAUGAGGGGGAGUCUUACACACUGAAGACCGAUCUUACUGACAUACAGAGAGAUGAUCUGAUAGAGUGGAGAUUUAAAGAAACUCUCAUAGCUGAAAUCAAUCCUGCCAACAAUAUCUUCAGAACAUAUGAUGGUGAUAAAGGUCUAUUCAGAGAUAAACUGGAUCUGAAUCCUCAGACUGGAGAUCUCAACAUCAAAGUCAUCAGACAGAAACACACUGGAGUUUAUAUACUGAAGAUCACCAGAGGAGGAAAAACCUCACACAAGAGAUUCAGAGUGUUUGUCAGACGUGAAACACUGAUAGUGUAUGAGGGACAAUCUGUUGAUCUGAAGACUGAAGUUAAUAACAUAAAGAGAGCUGAUCUGAUAGAGUGGAGAUUUAGAGAAACUCUCAUAGCUGAAAUCAAUCCUGCCAACAAUAUCUUCAGGACAUAUGAUGGUGAUAAAGGUCUAUUCAAAGAUAAACUGAAGAUGAAUCAUCAGACUGGAGAUCUCAACAUCAAAGACAUCAGUGAGGAACAUGAUGGAGUUUAUAAACUGAAGAUCAUCAGAGAUGGAGAAACCUCAUACAAGACAUUCAGAGUGAUUGUCAGAGCUUCCAAAAAAGGGGAUUUAGUAAGGAAAAGAGGAGGAAAUUCAGUGGGGAAGGGAGAAGAUUCAGUGAUUCAGAUAGAGAAUCAGCCGUUGUUGCCAGUCAGCAGUAGUGAUCUUCCUCCAGUGUAACAUCAUCAUCAUCACAAACACAUGAGCAUCACAUUACUAAUAACAUCACUCUCAUAUAACUGAGUUUAAACAAUCCACAUGUAUGUGCUGAUGAACCAUUUAUUUUUGAUUUGCCAUUACAUAAAAACAUUUCAAUCAUUCAAAUACAUAAAAUUAAUAAAAAGAUAAGUUUAUUAUAAAUAUAAUAAAAGUCAAUAUAAUUAAAGUUGAUUGAACACAUCUGUUGUUCACAAUGAUCUAAAGAUUAUUGUUUACAUUUUUUCCUCAUAAAUCUACACUAUGUGCCCCAUGACAAAAAGAUAACAGAAUUUUAGAAACUUUUGCAAAUGUAUGAAAAAGAAAACUGAAAUAACAUAUUUACAUUAUACAUAUUCAUACGUUAACAAUUACUUUUGUUUCAUUUUUUAAAUACUAGUUUUUCAUCAGUUUUACACAAAAAAAUGAGUUUUUACAGAUUUUUACUGAAUGAUUCACAAAUUACAAAAAAUUGUCUUAAAACAUUUCUUUUAUUGACCCUUUGCAACUGUUUACCAUUUACUGUUGUUUCAAUGUUGUAUCAACGUUGAACAAUCAACUGAACACUCCUUUUUCAUCGACGCAAAGAAAAAUAUCCCAGGGGUUGUUACACUUAGUAUAAGAUGUGUUUUCGUCGUGGACGAGAGAGACACAUCACGUUUACACUUGGUGUUUAAAUCCAUCUCUUUUUGUCCAUUUUCGACCGCUUCUCUCCAGAUUACUGAGGAGAUGGUCUGUGGACGAGUCCCUCUCCUGUCACUUAAUCACGAGCGGUAGAUUACAUAAAUGAGUGGAGAGACAGUGUGUGGCUGUUCGAACACAUUAAACCACAUGCGUGUUUACACUAAAGUGUUAUGCAUAACCAUGCUAUAGUUAACCAAGGAACUAUAAAACUUCAAGUUUACAACAUAGACUGUAUAGAUGUAAACGAAUAUGCUGAAUUACCUGUGGAGAAGAUAGAAAGUAACUUAGCAACUUCAGUGUCCAUUGAGCCCCAUCUUGGAAAACUAUACAUCAUUACUCCAAUAUUGACUUUGGUCUUUGUCGUUUUAAAUCCCCUUUUCACUUCCUUCCUCCGGAGGCUUCAGCUAGCAGCCAGUGUGAGUGUAGUCUGAAAGCGUGAAAGGCGGAGCUUGAAUUUCAGGAAUGUCCCUCGUCUGUGAAUGUAUUUCAAAGAUGGAGGCACAACAUGGAUUCAGCCAGUCGAGCGACUCGAUCGUAUGUAUUUUAAAUAGCAGAUUCUACACUUACGAGAAUACUUUGAUUAGUGGGGUGGAAGUAAUUACACAUGAAUGAGCACAUACUUUUGAAAGAAAACAUGGGUUUUUGCUAAGAAUUAACUCAAAAAAGUACACAGUGGAGCUUUAAGUUGAAACAACAAAUUAGGAGUUUGGUUCCAAAACCAGAUAACUCAAAAAAUCUUGUUUUUUGAUUGUGCAUUCCAAUUAAUAUGAAUCAAACUGCAGUUGGUUUGUUUUAAUUUAAGCCUUUAUAACUAAAAAAAAUACACGUAGCACAAUAAAAACAUGAUAAUAAGCAUGUUUUGAAUUUUUUUUAAACAGUUAUCUCGUUUUGGAAUCAAACUCAAUGUUAAACAGUAUUUUACAAAAACAAAAAGAUAUUUUUACAGUGUACAACUGAAUGAUACAGACAUCUGUAACUGUUGAACAAACAUGUUCGUUUCUCUCUGUGUACUUCAGGCAAUGAAUUACUUUAAUUUAGAUGCAAAAUUUAAUUCAGGUCUGUGAUCUCAUAUAAUCAAAUUGUACAUAAAUAUUGAUGUCCUGUUAAAGAAGAUCUAGAAUUUAAAAUGUGUUUUUCUCCUAAAAUGAUGAUAUUUGUAUGAAACUCAAUUCUGUCAUUAAUAAAGAAAUUGAAAUGGACAUAAAUGUGACAUUUUGUUUUAGAUUUAAUAUUUAGAGGCCAUAUGACUGACAAGCAUAGAAACCAAUCAAGUUUUACUUUU